AUGGGCAGCGAAGGAAGGCAAAAUGGCACCGGCGAGAGGAAACUGAGGCUGUUAUGCCUCCACGGAUUUCGGACCAGCGGCGAAAUUAUCAAGAAACAGGUCACCGGAAAAUGGCCGGAAUCUGUGCUCGAAAAAUUGGAUCUUUUCUUCGUCGACGCCCCUUUUCCUUGCCGGGGCAAAUCUGACGUCGAGGGGAUCUUCGAUCCACCUUAUUAUGAGUGGUUUCAGUUCAACAAGGAAUUUUUGGAAUAUGAGAAUUUUGACGAGUGCCUUGCUUACAUAGAAAAUUGCAUGAUCAAGAACGGCCCUUUUGAUGGCCUUCUUGGUUUUUCACAGGGAGCAAUUUUAUCAGCUGCCUUGCCUGGACUACAAGCCAAAGGUGUGGCUCUUACAAGAGUGCCAAAGAUAAAAGUCGUGAUAAUAAUCGGUGGUGCGAAAUUUAAAAGUCCAUCGAUUGCUGAUAAGGCUUAUUCGUCAUUAAUUCACUGCCCAUCCGUUCAUUUCUUAGGGGAUCAAGAUUUCUUGAAGCAAUAUGGCACCGAACUUUUGGAUUCGUUUGUAGAUCCUCUUGUGAUUCGGCAUCCUAAAGGCCACACGAUACCGAGAUUUGAUGAAAAUGGAUUGGAGAGCAUGGUGAGCUUUAUUGAGAAGAUGCUAAAGAAUGUCAAAGAGGAGGAGGAACAAAAAAUUUGCUUAGAAGUUGCUGCUUAG